AUGGGUGUGCUGGUCUUAGAAGUAAUGAGCAGACUCGAUCAUCUCCCAGUGGGCACAGUACAAAUCACUGGAUUGUCACAGCUCUCUCCCAGCCAUCCCAUCAGCGGAUUUUUCCCCAUAGUUUCACCAACAUCCGACAAGAUUGGAGAGCUGCAGGUGUCACUGGUUUUAGAACCUCUGCCUGAAGUGUGUGACACCAGCAGCUCUAUCCCAACCACAGAUGCAAGUUUAGAUCUCGCCCCUUCUGCCCAGGAGAGCGACAAGCCCCAGCCUCUUGCUCCAUCACAGCAACCCAGACAAAUAGGGAUGACUUCUGGCCACGAGUCUCUGAACCACAGCAGAGCCACAACUCCCAGAGGGAAAGACAAUUUGUUCUUUCAAGAGAAUUCUGAAAACAUAAAAGAUAUUUAUGCUGCUUCUCGCCACCGUCGGAUUUUCCCAGACGAACAUUUCAAAGUGAAUCCUUCAGAUCAGCAAAUGUCAUUUCCCCCAAGCUCUGACCCUGAAGCACCUGCUAGAACGAACGUGCGGGUCCUGUCUCUGCACAACCCAGCUACAAAAGACCUGCUUUCAGCUCUUUUGGAUCAAGGCAAUAAACUCCGUGAUGCCAUGGUGGUUUCUGCAAUGAAAUCUACCCCAGACAUGGAGAUUGAACUGGAUGAAGUGCCUGCGUUCAUAGAGACAGAUGGUUUCAAAGCAAAACCAAAGAGCCCCAAAACCUUGAACUCAAAUUUUAUGUCUGCCACAGAAGAUCUCUUCUCAGGUGAAGUCUCAGGUCAGCAAUUGGACUUAAACUCUGAAGAGAGAGCAAUACAGUUACUGCUGGGCAGUGUUGACUUAUCACCUGUGCAUUUCUGGGAUAGGACAGGUUCCCUUCUGGAUUCUCUCUCUGUUGGGAGUGAGGUUUAUGACAGUGAGCUCAAUGAUCCCCACUACGACCAGAGUCUUCUGGAGAAUCUUUUUUACACAGGUCCUAAAUCUGACUCCAGUUUAAGUGAUAUCCUCAGUGAUGAUGAUGUUAACUCCUCUAAAAAAGUAACCAAGACAAAAACUCCCAAAAAAGCUGGUCCUACAAACCAGCAGGGUCUACAGAAGGAGUUGAGUGCCUGUGACUGGGAGGUGAAGGAGAUGGAAAGUAAACUCAGCUGCUCUCCUCCCAGACAACUUGCUCCUUCAGAAGCUUGUACAAAAGCAGCUUGUCUCACGUCCCUGAGCGUAGAUAGGCUGGCCCUGCUGGGGCGAAUCCACCUGGCCAGAGUCAUCAUUGAAAGCUUGAAAAUCCCUCCUGAGAGCACCCAGGUUACACCAGGAAAGAAAAGCUUCAUUGGGAGGCCUCCAAGACCUGCAUUAGUUAAAAAGUGUACCUUCUUUGUAGAGUACCACUUCCCUGUGGGAGCCUCCAAGGAUGAAAAAGGACAGGUCUCACUGACAACAGAAGUAACUCGAAUAGCUUCAAGUAAAAUCACAGGCGAUGUGGUAAAAUUUCAGCAGCGGUUUGUGUUCCCUGUUCAUUUUGGUGGAACGAUGAUAGAGCACUGGUGGAGCUCUGACCUUGCUUUUAAAAUCUACAUGAGAAAAAGCACACAGAAAAAGCCCGUGGCCAUUGGCUCAGCAGCCCUCGAGUUACGUAAGAUAAUUCAGUCUGAGCAGCUCGCUGUCACCUGUGAAAUCCCUGUGAAAGAAGAAGGUCAGACCCAAGUUGGACCCCUUAAGGUGUCCCUGGAGCUCGCAGCUGACAACAAGGACUUCACCUGCACCGUGGCCAGGUCAGCUGUGGCUGUGCAGCAUGUCCCAGCUCAUGCCGUGAGAAGUCCCCAGCUGGAGUUCCGGGAAGCCAACAGGAUUAAUGGAAAUCCAGAAAAUCCUCAUGGUUUCCAGCCGAGCUGUCGUGAGGACUCGCAGCGGGCGGGAGCCACCGGCACGAAGGUGGCACAGCUCCCACAGGCCGUAUCGACCUCUGCGUCCCCUAAUGUGGUGACACAGAUGAUUCCACCUGAAGAGGAUGGGCUGUUGCUGCACAUGCUGCUGAUGGUGCCCUCUGGAAAAGGUUUUACCCCUGGAGAACGUGGUUUCCACAGUUCCUGUAACGUGUAUUUGAACUGCAAACUGCUCAGCACAGAGGAGGCAACGAGUUCUGCUGUUGUAUGGGGCACAACUCAACCUGCCUUUAACUUCUCUCAGGUGAUGCCUUUUUUGUUGACUUCCAAACAUUUGGAGCGAUUCAAGAACAACUUCAUGAUCAUCGAGGCCUGGAACAAAAUGGGAGACUCUGGCUGUGACCAGCUGCUGGGGCUGGUGAAGCUUCCUCUGCACCAGUUUUACGUGUCAUUCAAAGACCCGAAGAUUUCCCAUCUGCUGCUGCAAGCGCAGUAUCCGGUCGUUGCUGUGGACAACUAUUUGCCUGUGAUAGAUGUUUUUACAGGCAGCAAAAGUGGAAGCCUGAGGGUUGUUCUGGCUAUGGGAUCAGCUCAUCAAAUAGUGGAACUGCAGAGGCUGAAGACCGAGGAAGGAGACGGCCCUCCCGUCGCUCCACGUCCUGCCCACUCGCUGGAUCCUCCUCCUCCAACACCUGCAAUGCAGUUGGAUGGAGAAGGGGAGGACCUGAUGGAGCACGUGUUUGAGAUCCGGGUGGACAGUGUGAAGGGCCUCACCCCCUUGCAGGCCACAGUCUGGGGGGAGGCUGACUGCUACGUGCAGUACCACUUCCCAGUGCAAGGGGCUGCCUGCCAAGGAGCUGCACUGCAUGAGGAUGGCAUCAAGCUAAAGGCUUUUCGUACAGCAACUACCUUGUGCAUCCCUGAUCCCAUCUUUCACGACGAGCAUCAUCAUUCCCUGUCGGUUCCUGCCCAUGUCCCGGUGCAGAGGAUCCUGGUCGGUGCAUUUACGGCACCUGGAAUGUCUGCAGGAGGAAUCCAGUUUGAAGUCUGGUGCAGGUAUUAUUAUCCAAACGUCAGAGACCAGAUGGUUGCCAAAGGGACCUUGCCUUUGUCACGGCUAUGUGCCAUGGUGACUAUGCAGCAUCGUGAAGAAAUAGGGAUACAGACCUUUAAUCUUCCACUGGUCCCAAAGACUAAUUCCUCCAAGGAAUUCCAGUCAUCAGGGUUGCUUGAUGUGAGCGUGAGAUACCGAUGUUCCCUGAAAACAGCAGCAGGGAUAGGGAGUGCUCGAGCUGUAUCCCUUUCUGUACAGAUACACAGAGCAGCUGGUUUGCAGGCAGCAGCCAGAGCUGCUGCAGAAAAGAACCCUUCGCUCCAGUACUAUGCCGGUGUGGGAGUCAACACCUACGUGUCCGUGUGCCCCUCUUUCCUCCCGGAGAGGGAGAGCCAGAACACGCGCGCUGUGGCUCACACCUUCUGCCCGGAGUUCGGGGACCACAUGGAGUUUCCUUGUCACCUCAUCAUGCGGAAGAGCAGCGGAGAAGCCUCUUCUCUGGGGGAGCUCUUGCACUCUGCCACUGUCAUCUUCUCUAUCUACCAUCAGAGCGUCAAGUCAGCCACUGACACGAUGGCAGCCCAGUCAUCAAGAGAUUAUCUGCUUGGCACUGUCACAGUUCCAACCAGAGACCUGCUGAGAAAAAGAUCAGGAAUAACAGGGUGGUACCCAGUUACCCUCUCAGAGGACUUAGUGCCUUCCCAUGGCACAAACAUCAUGCAGACCAUCGUGGGAGGCCUGGAGCUUUCCAUAACUUUUGCUCGCCACGAUGACAGGGAGCAGGUUUUGGAGGCUGCUAAAUUUUUAGGCUGGAGCAGCGAGGAAAACCCGGAGGACAGCAUGGAUGAUAGUGACGAGUGGGAACAGGGUGACAAUCCAGCAGUUGUGACUGUUUCUACCCCAAGAGUAUGGCUGCCAGUCCACUGCGUGCUGCUUGCAGGCCAGAAGCAGCUGAAUAAAAGCACUUACUGCUACCUCAGGUAUAAGCUCUAUAAUCAGGAAGCCACGUGGACUUUGCUUAGGAGGCCGAAAUUGAGUGAUGACAAAAAGAAUGUCCUGGUGAACUUCAAGAAACCAACCAGGAUGACCCUCCGAAGGAGCCGAGGGUUGCACUGGUUCCUCAGGGAGGAGAAGUUAGAAAUCCAGGUGUGGUGGGCGUACGGUAAAGAAAAGGAGGUGAAAAGACCCCUUGAUACAGAUCGUCUUGUUGGAUCUGCCUACGUUGACCUCGCAGCGCUCGCAGAGAGCUCAAGGAAAACCCUGAGCGUGAGUGGGGUCUAUCCGCUGUUCCGCUGCAACGCCGCAGACCUGGCGGGAGCCGCCGUGCGUGUCCACGUGGCGCUUUCCUCCCCGGCCGCUGCCCUGGGCUGCAGACCUCGCUGUGCUGAGGACUCCAGCAGCAGCGAGGAUGGAACAGAGAAAGCCCCAGACGUCCCUGAAAAUCACAGUCAGAAGCUGGAGACUGUAAAUUCCGAAAUCACCCAUGGAAAACCCUCCGAAGAAGAGUUGGUGUCUCUGGAAAACACAGUUGCUGUCACUAUCCUUGUGGAAAGAGCAAUGCAUCUAAGUUUAAAAGGGAGCCCUUUAACGGAGCGAGGGGUGACGGCGCCUAGUAGCUACGUGUCCUUUGCCGUCGCCGGUGCCGCUGCUCCCGUGACCACAUCCGUGGUGGAAAACACGGACUCGCCGGUCUGGGACUUCCAGCAUCAAGGCCGAUUGUCCAAAGAACUUCUCUUGGAUCCACAGCAGACCUUGGUCUUCAAAGUGUGGCAUAAAGCAGAGUCCGAGCGAGUGAUAGGAUUUGCAUCCGUGGACCUUUCUCCUCUCCUUUCCGGCUUCCAGCUCGUGUGUGGCUGGUACAACAUCACCGACCUCAGUGGCCAGUGCCGAGGGCAGCUCAAGGUGGCUGUUUCCCCCCUCCAAAAUCUGGGACACCUCAAGGAAGAGAGACGGAGCCGCACGCAGCCGUCGCAUGGCGCC